GAGGGUGUUUGCGAAUCGACCCGCGUCCGCCUUGGUUUUGUGGACCCUGGCGGCGUUGUAUUUGCGUUGCGUAUUUAGAAACAGGUCUCUGUCCUUUCACGGUGCUUAAGCACAAACAAUUUUAGGUAGCAAUAAAACCACAGGAGGAGCGGGCGGGGAGCUCGACCUUGAUGCCAUUGCAGGAUGGUGGGGUGGGGGUACAGGUUUUGCAGUGGUUUGAGAGGCAACCCUGUGCACUCUUACCUGAAGGUUAAGCCCCACUGGAGCCCAAAUAAACACGGCAAGGGUUGUGCUGUUGGAAGUGUCUGCAGCUAUAAAUUACCAGUUAUCUUAAUUUGUGAGAACAUAUACUGUAUGAUAGAGGGUCUCCCCCCUCCCCCCCGGAGAAUUAAACUACAGUAUAAUAUUGCUGGACUGUAACAAUGCUACUUGGGGCCUAGGUUUUGUUUGUUUUUUAAAAGGUCACUCAGCUCCUUCACUUCUUCAGAAGGCAGCAUAUCUUUUAACUGGAAUGCUUAAAUGUGGAUUUUAGUCUACUGUUGGAACUAUUUCUCACAGUAGGUUAUAGAAGAAAGUUUAAGUUGUCUGUGUUGCCGGAUAGAAGUGUGGCUAACAGAUAAAGCCCUUACUAAUCUGUACUUUUCUUUUAAAAAAAAAACAAUUACCACCGUCAGUGUUGUGCGUCAGAUUGCCUUGUAAUAUGCCCGCUUAGCAGAUAAGUGUCUGCGUAUGUUAGAAUGUUUAGUCUGUUUUAGAAUUCUGAUAAGUGUCUAUUCAGCAAUGUUCCCUUGAUUUCAGUAGAGCUUACUUCCAAGUAAGCAUUUUGACCUAAAACAUUUUCAGAGUGGUAAAUAAAAAGAAUUACUGUACUAUUACAGUACUACAUUGGAAUAUGAGAAUCAAUAGGAGUAGGAAGGUGGGACUAAUACAUGCACCCACAAUACCUCGAUAUGGCCCUCUGUGUACACAAGAGUACUGUUUAUUGUAGAAAUUCAAAUAUCACAAUGUAAUGGGAAGCAUCCAUUAGGUUCAGAUAACAUGGGUGUGCAGGUUGGUCAUUCUGAGAACAUAAAGUGCCCUGCUGAAUCAGACCAAAGGCCUCUCUAAUUGAGUAUCCUGUUUCUUAGAGUGGCCAACCAGAUGCCUCUGGGAGUGUUAGGGUUGUUCAAAUGAAGAGUACAUUAACUUUCAGUUUAAAGUUCACCUCAACAGGGGCAAUAACCUGUGGUUCCUUUAUCAGGGAAUGUUGUGGAGAACUUAAUUUGUCAUUUCCUACCAUUCUGCAAUUUGUUUUUGUUUUGUUUGCUUAUGUUCAGUUCUGCAGGGUGAGAGUAAGUGCUGGAUGUGGGGAGGUGAAGUUCACAGAGUGUGAAUUAGGUUUGUAGAAAUUGCUUCCAAAAAACGGAUUUCUCUGAAUCAAGACAAAAUGAAUGGAGCAUCACUGCUGCUGCGAUUUCCACUCUGUUUUCUUCAGAGAAGGUUUCCUAAUAGUCUUGACAGUUUCUGCUGGAGGUCCAGCCCUGGAUCUGCUUUUUCAUGUGGCCAACAGCUGAAUUCAUUACAACAGUGUUGUUCAAGGAGGAUGGUAUCUUCAAAGGGCUUGAACACUGGCCUCUGUUAUCCAGCAGUGUUAGAACAUCAGACACGAGAGCUCUCUGACCAGGAACAGAGACUUCUAGACAAAUUGUACAAUGGAUUAAUUCAAGGACACAGGGCCUGCCUGGCAGAAGCAAUUACUCUCGUAGAAUCCACACACAGCAGGAAGAAGGAGAUUGCACAGGUGCUCCUUCAGAAGGUACUAUCCUACCACAGAGAACAAGAGCAGUUAAAUAAAGGAAAGCCACUAGCCUUUAGAGUGGGAUUGUCUGGACCUCCUGGUGCUGGGAAAUCAACGUUUAUUGAAUGCUUUGGGAAAAUGCUCACUGAAAGAGGAUACAAAGUGUCUGUCUUGGCAGUGGACCCAUCCUCUAGCACCAGUGGUGGCUCACUCUUGGGUGAUAAGACACGAAUGACCGAGUUGUCGAGAGAUAUGAAUGCUUACAUCAGGCCCUCUCCAACCAGAGGAACGCUAGGAGGUGUAACGCGGACCACAAAUGAAGCCAUUCUGCUGUGUGAAGGAGGAGGCUAUGACAUAGUUCUUGUAGAAACAGUGGGUGUGGGUCAGUCGGAGUUUGCGGUUGCUGAUAUGGUUGAUAUGUUUGUAUUGCUACUGCCACCAGCAGGAGGUGAUGAGCUGCAGGGUAUCAAGCGAGGUAUAAUUGAGAUGGCCGAUCUUGUUGCUGUAACCAAAGCUGACGGAGAUCUAGUUGUACCGGCACGGAGAAUUCAAGCAGAAUACGUCAGUGCUCUGAAAUUACUCCGCAAGCGCUCAAAGGUUUGGAGGCCAAAGGUAAUACGAAUCUCUGCCAAAACUGGAGAAGGCAUCUCUGACAUAUGGGAUAAGAUGACAGAAUUCCGAGACCUCAUGCUUACAAGCAGCGAGUUGAUGGCCAAACGAAGGAGACAGCAAAAAGUGUGGAUGUGGAAUGUAAUCCAAGAAAGCAUGCUGGAUCAUUUCCGGAGUCACUUAGCAGUGAGAGAUCAGAUUCCACUUCUGGAAGAAAAGGUUGUCAGUGGAAUUCUCUCUCCAGGGCUGGCUGCAGACCUAUUGCUCAAAGCUUUUAAAGAAAGAUCUUAACAUUCAUCUUUGUGCAUGACCUGAUUUUCACCAAUUACCUGUACAUUACAAACAGCUUCCUAAGGCAUAAAUUGUCAGUGAAUCUGCACACUUUACCUGGUAACAAAAAUGUUCUGUAAAUGGAAGUCGAACUUUUUUAUUUACAGCAUGUUUAAAAGUAUGCAGUUGUAAUGGUACACAAGUGUGUUACUGUCAGUUCAAUUUUUUUCUAAACUGCAGGGGAUGCUAGAGAGAAUACCAGCAGUGAGCACAGUCAUGUCUUAAUAUUUGCCUCUGUUAUCAGCACUUGCCCAAUCAUCUUCAUUGGUGGAAACUUCCACCUGUUUGAACUUUAUUGAUUACAAUGUGCCAUUAAAAGGGUAAGAGUGAAUUAGACAUUGGUUUAUUUUUAAUAAGUUUAACUUAGAAGUCCUUAAUUCUGUUUAUACAGCAACUCUGAGAUAAUGUGGAUUAAAAGAGGAUGGCGAAUCUUUGUGUGCAUAACAGGGGCAUUAUGCUUUUUGCCAGCCAACAUAUUGUACAACCAUGUUAGUCCUUGAGUUUCAUCCUAAGAUCUGUUACAGCAGCAUGAUGAUGCAUAACUGCUGUUACACCAGUGUGUUGCAAACCCAUGAACCUCAGUUCCUUCUGCCCCAGAUGGCAUGCACAGCAUCCAUUUGUGUCAUGAGGGUGAACAUGUGGGUCUUCAAUAAUGCUUAGGUUGCAAUGCUAUA